CCCUCCUUGGAUGGCUUUUAUUUUGUCCUUCCUCUUUGUCAAUACUUGUCACUAUGGUCCUUCUUUGUCCCCUUUGUCUUUUCUUCCUGUCUGUGUGUUCUCAUCUCCUUAUCUCUCUUUGUUUCCAAGUCUGAUUCAUCCUCCACCCCUGGCACUUUCACUAACACUGUGUCCUUCUUUCCUGCCUCGCUGCCUCUUCUAUCUCUCUAACUCCCCUCUUUGGCUCUUUGGGUCGAGCCUCCUGGCUCACUUCCUCCUGUUGACCUGCCUCCAUUAUUUUUCACUCUCUUUGUCUGGUCUUCCCUCUGCCUGGCUGUGCCUCUGUGGCUCCACACAUGGUUCAGAGUCUUCAGGAUUCUCUGUGAAGAGAUAACCAGGUGAGAGCCUCCCAAUUAUCUCUUGGGAGCCAGGUUGCUGGACCAGGGCCCCCGUCCUUUCUCCAAGCAGCUCAGCACCUCCCCUUAGCAAACUCCUUAGAGAUUCUCCUCCAGCAUGAUGUCACAGGGCAAGGGACCCAGGCGAGGAUCUUCUCAGCAGUGGGGAAGAGCAAUAGGACCCAGGCGAUAAGGAAGUGUGGCAGGGAGUGAGGGUGUGGAGGGCAGUGCCACUCACUGAGGCUUGGGUCUUCUGGUCUCAGGCACAAAGGAGCGCCAAAAUGACUGAUGCCCAGAUGGCUGAUUUUGGGGCAGCAGCCCAGUACCUCCGCAAAUCAGAGAAGGAGCGUCUGGAGGCCCAGACCCGGCCGUUCGAUAUCCGCACUGAGUGCUUUGUGCCCGACGACAAGGAGGAGUUUGUGAAGGCCAAGAUCCUGUCCCGGGAAGGGGGCAAAGUCAUUGCUGAGACAGAAAAUGGCAAGACGGUGACCGUGAAGGAGGACCAGGUGUUGCAGCAGAACCCACCCAAGUUUGACAAGAUCGAGGACAUGGCCAUGCUGACCUUCCUGCACGAGCCCGCUGUGCUCUUCAAUCUCAAGGAGCGCUAUGCAGCCUGGAUGAUCUACACCUACUCUGGCCUUUUCUGUGUCACCGUCAAUCCCUACAAGUGGCUGCCUGUGUACAAUGCGGAGGUGGUGGCUGCCUACCGGGGCAAGAAGAGGAGUGAGGCGCCACCCCACAUCUUCUCCAUCUCUGACAAUGCCUACCAGUACAUGCUGACAGAUAGGGAGAACCAGUCCAUCCUCAUCACUGGAGAAUCCGGUGCAGGGAAGACUGUGAACACAAAACGUGUCAUCCAGUACUUUGCCAGCAUUGCGGCCAUAGGUGACCGUGGCAAGAAGGACAAUGCCAAUGCCAACAAGGGCACCCUGGAAGACCAAAUCAUCCAGGCCAACCCCGCCCUGGAGGCCUUUGGCAACGCCAAGACAGUUCGGAAUGACAACUCCUCCCGCUUCGGGAAAUUCAUCAGGAUCCACUUUGGAGCCACUGGAAAGUUGGCUUCUGCAGACAUAGAGACCUAUCUCCUGGAGAAGUCUCGGGUGAUCUUCCAGCUGAAGGCUGAGAGAAACUACCACAUCUUCUACCAGAUCCUGUCCAACAAGAAGCCAGAGUUGCUGGAUAUGCUGCUGGUCACCAACAACCCCUACGACUACGCCUUCGUGUCUCAGGGAGAGGUGUCCGUGGCCUCCAUCGAUGACUCCGAGGAGCUCAUGGCCACGGAUAGUGCCUUUGAUGUGUUGGGCUUCACUCCUGAGGAGAAAGCCGGUGUCUACAAGCUUACAGGUGCCAUCAUGCACUACGGGAACAUGAAGUUCAAGCAGAAGCAGCGGGAGGAGCAGGCCGAGCCAGAUGGCACUGAAGAUGCCGACAAGUCUGCCUACCUCAUGGGGCUGAACUCAGCUGACCUGCUCAAGGGGCUGUGCCACCCUCGGGUGAAAGUGGGCAAUGAGUACGUCACCAAGGGGCAGAGCGUCCAGCAGGUGUACUAUUCCAUUGGGGCGCUGGCCAAGGCAGUGUACGAGAAGAUGUUCAACUGGAUGGUG